CCGUCUGACAUACAUAGUUCGGUCACGACGGCGGGCACAGGAGGAUCCUACGUCUCCUCCGAGGAAUACAUAGUCGACAAUAGUUUCCUCGAAAUUGCGUUCGUGCUUCUUCCCUCUAUCUUUUCGAAAUCACGUAGACGUCAUCGCAUGUGCCUCCGGAAUUUUCACUUUACUUUAAUUCAAAGAUAGUAUAUAAGAACCGAUGUCGACAGAUCGUGUAUUGUGACACAGAGAUAAUGUCGGGCCGACCAACGUGUUUAAAUGAUCAGUGUUUUAUCUACGGUGAAAUGAGCUCGGUCACAAUUGACGACCAGUGAAACGGACAAUUCUGAAGAUUUUGUUGAAUACGUGGUCGUCGAUUUUCAACGAAAGAAGAAAGACGUGAAAAGAGGAGAGAUCCCAGUGCAUCCUGCAGAAGACCCACGAUUGAGAUGUCAUUGGGCUGACUCCUAAUGCUAUGGCAGCCGAUCUUUAUGCGAACGGCUCUGUGAAGUCAACGUCUGCCAGGCUCGUACGCAGCAUGGGGCAGCGAAAAUCGGGCACCCUGGGCGCCGCGGCGCCCAUAUCGACGGAGGAGGAGCAGCUGAAGUUUCAAGACAGUAGAUUUCUGACGACUUUGGUUGGCAGAAGUAGGAAAAUCUCGCCGGACAUAUUGCCAUCGUGCUCGCCCGGCGUGUUUCGCCAAAGGUCGUUCCGCUCGUCUACGCCGCCGCCGAAGAAGCUGCCAGCAUCCUCACCGGCACUUCCAACGGCAGCGACAAUAACACCCAUCUCGCGAAACAGCCGGGGCGCAUCUGCGGCCGCGGCCAACGAUCGCGCGGCCACCCCUACCGUCCCUACCGUCCCCACCCCCGUGUCAGCUGUUCCACCACGUGACAACGGUUCGUGGGUCGUCGUCGGCGCUCCUCUGACGUUGUCGCGGGGCACCCGAGCAACCAGCAAGCAGGCGCGCCUCGGUCCGGUACUGGCCAGCAAAAUGGCGUCCGCGAGCUCCUCCACGAUCGUGCAGGGCUGGCCGAAUACCAAGGACGAUUACGAGCUCAAGGAGGUUAUCGGAGUUGGAGCGACCGCCGUGGUGCAUGCAGCAUUUUGUAUCCCGCGACAAGAGAAAUGUGCGAUCAAGAGAAUAAAUUUGGAAAAAUGGAAUACAAACAUGGACGAACUGCUGAAAGAGAUACAGGCGAUGUCUUCUUGCAACCACGAAAACGUCGUAACUUAUUAUACAUCAUUCGUGGUAAAAGAAGAACUCUGGCUGGUUUUAAGAUUACUAGAAGGCGGAUCCUUGCUGGAUAUUAUUAAGCAUAAGACUAGAACCACUAAUUGCAAGCAUGGAGUAUUCGACGAAGCCACUAUAGCUACUGUACUUCGGGAAGUACUCAAAGGGCUUGAAUAUUUCCACAGCAAUGGACAGAUUCAUAGGGACAUAAAAGCGGGUAAUAUCCUACUAGGCGAGGAUGGCACGGUGCAGAUCGCCGAUUUCGGUGUCAGCGCGUGGCUCGCAACCGGACGCGACCUGAGUCGGCAGAAGGUCCGGCAUACUUUCGUCGGUACACCAUGUUGGAUGGCGCCUGAGGUCAUGGAGCAGGUGAGAGAGGAUCAUGGCUAUGAUUUUAAGGCUGAUAUAUGGUCACUUGGCAUCACGGCGAUCGAGAUGGCCAGCGGCACGGCACCAUAUCACAAAUAUCCUCCGAUGAAAGUCUUGAUGCUGACGCUGCAGAAUGAUCCACCCACUCUAGAUACUGCCGCAGAUGACAAGGAUCAGUAUAAGGCAUAUGGGAAAACAUUCCGAAAAAUGAUUGUCGAUUGUUUACAAAAAGAUCCUACCAAGAGACCAACAGCCACUGAGUUGCUGAAACACCCAUUUUUCAAGAAAGCCAAAGAUAAGAAAUAUCUGCAACAAACAUUGGUAGCAAUUGGACCUAGUUUAGAAACACGCGUACAAAAGGCAUCAAAAAGACAACCCGGUACAUCAGGUCGUUUACAUCGAACGGUAACUGGAGAAUGGGUCUGGUCGUCAGAGGAAGAAGAUAGUGGUGGAUCAAGUGGUGACGAAGGUGCUAAAGAGGCGUUGCCGGUCAACACGCUCGAAAAGGCUAGUAGUGAUGAAGACGUCGGCGAGUCCGACGAAUACUAUGGUCAAAUAAAAGUAGCACCGAGUCAAGUUGCAAUACCAGCUACCGAGCAAAAUGUUCCUAUAAAUUUGGUGCUCAGAUUACGAAAUGAAAGACGAGAGCUUAAUGACAUUAGGUUCGAAUUCACUGUUGGAGUAGAUUCAGCGCAAGGAAUCGCAGCAGAACUCGUUGCUGCGGGUCUAGUCGAUGGUAAGGAUGUUGUGGUGAUAGCAGCGAAUCUGAAAAAAUUGAUAGAAAGUGGAGGACAAUUACGGACAGUGACAUUUUCCUUGAAUUCUGGCUAUGCAGCGAAUGAAAUACCAGAUGACAAGGCGUUAAUAGGAUUUGCUCAGAUCUCUCUCACCGAUUGAAUAAUUUCGAUUACCGAAUGAUUCCAUUUCUGAACUCUCAGGAUAAUGUUCUUAAUUGAUGCAUAUUCGCCAUUUGUUAGAUCCAGAGAGUAUCAAAAGCUAACGAUCGGCUAGAUAUUAUUUUUCGAAAUAAAUUAUAUCAUAGACGAUAAAUAAAUAUUUGGAGCACACAUACAGAACACAUGUAAGUUUGUUUCAUUGAAUAUUUGCAAGUUUAGCUUUUGACACUUUCAUUUAUUUCAAACGAUUUUAACAAUUAAUGUUGAUUGCAGAAUAGGUAAUCGAAAUACAUAUUUGUUACAAUAGUAGUAACAAACUAUGCUCAAGCGUGUUUGAUAACAUCGUCAGUGUUCAUAUGCGGAGGCAAUCAUGAAUGGGGCAGUUAAAAAUAAUAUCAUUCACAUACUGGCUUAAAAGUAUACACUUACUCUCUUUCUCUCUAAUCAAUAAUGGCUGUAGUUUUACAUAACCGAAUUGUAUCAUUCGUAUUACAUCAGUCUAUGUAAAUAUUAGCAUUCAAUCAUUUGUUGAGUUUUCCUUUUUUUUCUUUAUGAUUAAUGUAUCAAAUGGAAUAAAGAGAUAUUGCAUAUGUGAAAUGCAAUAUUUCAUAUGAACUUAGAGAAUCAAGAGAAAAUGCUUGAUAAUCUAAUUUAUUUGCCCUAAAUGUAAGCUGUUUCUCUUGAAUAGCAAAAAGCUUUAGUUACAUAAAAAAAUUCAAUAUGCUGAAUAUAGAAUCAUGUUCAUGUAUCAUGUACAGAUUAUCCGUGUACAUCUUAUGUUAUAUGCUAGGAAAAGGCAGAUAUAGAAAAUGUUGGAAUAAAAUAAAACUCUUUUGUACUUAAUUAAAUAGACUUACGAUAGCAAAUUAAUAUUUUCACAGUUUUUAGACGUAGCGAGAUAGAGAAAUGAUCGAAAAGUUUUUACUCGUACGUCUUGAGGAAAUGUUCAAUUAAUUUCUUCAUAAAAUGUAUUGGAAAAAAUUGAUAAAAUCAGAAUCACAUACAACAGCAGUUUAACACAAUCUAUACUCUCUCUUUUUACGAUUUUACGAAUAUCCCACAUUUAUGUUUAAAAGACAUUCAGAGAACAUCCUGAAGAUAUCUUCGAAAUAUCUUCUGAACGUCUUUUGGAUAUGCGUGCUAUGUGGGAUAGUAUUAAUUAUUUUUACAUUCCUGUAUUUACUGAAAAUUGUAAAGAUAUAUAUUUGUGAUGUUCUUAUCGUUUUUUAUAUUUACAAAUUGUAAAGAUUGAGUUUUAUGACAAAAAGACAAAUAAUCGUCAAAAACGUGUGUGCGAAUACUUUCUUAAUGUUUUCA